AUGUCAUUUAUGGCUAAAGAAGAACGCAAGAAGCGCAGCAUUAACGAGAUGUUUGGCGACGAAGACUCGGACGACUCUGGCGAUGAACAAAUCGCUCGCACUACGACGGUCCCUACAGCUGAUGCGUCAGGACUAUUUGGCUCUGACUCGGAGAGUGACGAUGAGGAGAAGAAAUCAGUCAAACGUCCCGUGCUGCCGCCUGUAAAACGUGUCAAAAAUUCGUUUAAUAAUGACGACGGUCAAAAACAGCUUGAUCAAAGAGACGAGUAUGAUUCUGGAGACGAUGCAGUUGCUACUAAAGAUGACGACGAUUUUAUUGACCGAGACGACGAUCUAGCAGAUGUACUUGGCGAGUACGCUGAAGAUCGACAACAUUUUGACGAUGAACGUCCAAUUGAUGAACCGAGCACUAUGCAGGAGCAAAAGGACGAUUUUUUUGACAGGACAUUGAAUUCCCUUAAAACGGGACGCUCUCGUGCUAAGAUCAACUUGUCGCCACAGGAAAUGGAACAGAUUACCCAAGAAGUACUUUACCGAAUGGAUAAAGCUUAUGCAGAUGAUUUGGCGAGUAUUGCUCAACGUCGUCCAGCACUAGAAAAGAUCAAGUUUAUGGAAAAUGCACUCCAUGUCUUGCGCAAGAUACAGUUUCAACCGAUGUUGUUGGAUUUUGACCUGCUCACGAUAGUGAAGAAAUGGAUCCAGCCUUUGGAGGAUAGCACGCUACCUAACGUCGGUGUACGUACCAAGAUGCUUGAGAUGGUCAGCAAAAUGCCAGUUUUUAAGGAGCAUUUGAAGCGCAGUGGACUUGGAAAAGUUGUGAUGAUGUUGAUGAAACACCCGCGAGAGACAAUUGAGAACAAGGAGCUGUGCCGCAGUCUGGUGGAACGUUGGAGUCGUGCAGUCUUCAACAAGACGCUGGAUUUCUCAAAGCUGGCUGAAUUAGAAGCUGAAAAGGCUGACAGUGAAGUUUAUCGCCGUCGUGAGCGCGCGCGUCGACAAAAGUCGAAGAACAAAGCACACGCAUCUGAUCGCAGUGGCAAUGUGUUCAGUGUUCGCAAUGCCGAUCAUGAUGUAAAGAUCGAGGCAUCAGAGCGUGCAGAGCUGCCUCAACAGCUGCACAUUGAUUUCUUGCUUCGCCCUCAGUCCAAGGUCGACAUGAAUGCCGUGCAGUCCAAGAAGGCGGAUCCAGAUUCACGCAAGGCUCGCUUGACCAAGCGGAUGCAGGAAAUUGCUAGGCCUGGAAGGAAGACUAAACGGGCUACGGGUGUAAGUAUCGAGGGUAGAUAA